AUGAACCCGCAAUGUUCUAAAUGUAAAGCAGCAAUGAGGAAAUAUAACUACUCCGUCAAAGAGAUAGAAAGAAUGAGAAACGACUAUGCAGAUUUAAAGAAAGAAGCAGAAAAGCCAGCAGAAAAUAAAAUGGACAUGUUAGAAUUUCUGAACAAAAACUAUCCAACAGCAGAAGAUUUCCUUCUAUCUGACGUCAAGAAGAAGUAUAAAGAAACUUUCGGUAUCGUUAAAACAUUCGAUGUACUAAAAGAAGAAAUAGAAGCUACGAAACUGUUUAGGAUUUCAAAUAUACAUCGUACAAUUCAUGUAAAACGCUUGUGA